GACUUAAAGAGGAAGAUUUCUUGGGUUAGCUGGGAGAUGGUAUGUCGUAGUAAGGAGAAGGGUGGGUUAGGAGUCAUGGAUUUGAGGAGGAGGAAUUGGGCACUUUUAGGGAAAUGGUGGUUUAGGCUGGGUGAGGGUGAGGGAGGUGAGAGCUUAUGGAAACGGGUUGUGUGGGAUAAAUAUUAUGGGGGUCGAAGGGAGGUGGACAUCAGGGCAGUGGAAAGUGUGAGGAUGUCUAGGAUUUGGAGGGAUGUUAUUAGUGUCGGGGGGAACUCUAUCAAAUUACACGACAUGUUAGGGAAUGGGUUUAGGUGGAUGGUUGGUGAUGGAAGGCAAGUAGGGUUUUGGCGCGAGAUUUGGGUGGGGGAUAUAUCUCUAAAGGAGUUAUGCCCGAGGUUAUUCGAGCUAGCUAUGAAUAAGGACGGUAUGGUUAGUGAAAUGGGGUUGUGGGAAAGGGGUUUCUGGAGAUGGAAUGUUGACUGGAGAAGAGGGAGGUUGGGUCGAGAGAAGGGGGAGGAGGCGGUGCUGUGGGAGGUGCUAAGCAGAGUACAAAUCACGGAAGGUCGCGAAGACUGCUGGACGUGGAGGCAUGAUGCGAAAGGGAGAUACGCGGUGAAGACGGCAUAUGAGUUUCUGUCACCAAUGGAGUCCAUCCUUCCUGAUCAAAUUUGUAAUGUCCUGGUGGGGUCUGCAGGUUGUGAUGCCAAAUACAGUGAGAGGGGUGAUGGAACUUUUCUUGUGGCUGGAAGUGUCUUCUCAAUAGUUGAUUGGAAACUUAAUCCACGAGAGUGUGCUGUUGCCAUGAGGAAGCAUAGAAGCUUGCUGAGAGCGUUCCAUAAGCACAAAGACGGAAAGCAUGAUGAGUAGUGUGAUUGGACUGUGUUGGGUUACAUGUUUCUUGGGAUUAUUUUGUUUUAGUUAGAAUUUUGUUUUUGUUUGUAAUUGGGUUGGAGUACCCCUUGUACUCUAUCUAAUUAAAUCUGUUUUAUUUU